CGCGUUUCUGUUUCAUAAUGGAAUCUGCACACUCAUCAUCUUUAUGUGCGUCCGCUUAUCGAUGCUUCGCCUGAAGGCUGAAGUUUACAAGACAAGAUUUUGGGGUGACUAAUGACUAACUGAUGUUGAACCGUCGUCCGCUAUGGAGAAACGGGUAGGCGCCUGUUUAUUGCUAUUUCGUCAUUUUGUCCGUUCAUUAUCGCUUCUACAUACACGUUAGAGUGUUUGGCUGCUCCCAUGAUCCAUCCCCGUGAGGCCCUGGUAUUAUGAACGCAUGCACGGUCUGGAGCUCCAAAACUCGCGGCAUCUCAUUCUUUCACUCUCUGCUUACCUCUUAUAAUGGAAGCCAAAGUGAGAAGUGGCCGCUGGUUAUCUUCCGGCAGCUUCUAGAGGCUAAUGCGAAUCCCAAUGAUCUCACUUUUUCGUUACUUAUAAAAGCGUUUGCUUCAUCGUUCUCUUCUGAUACUUAUACCUCUGCGGUUACGGAAUUUGAAGUUAGCCAAGUUCAAACUCAAUUAGUGAGGCGAGGCAUCAACCGUUUGGUUUAUGUAAAUACUGCUCUUCUGGAUUUCUAUAUGAAACUGGGGCUUGUAACUCAUGCUCGCCAGUUGUUUGAAGAUAUGCCUUGUAGAGAUGUUGUUUCGUGGAACGCAUUGAUUUGUGGAUAUUCACGGAACGAACAUGGUUAUCGUGCAGUGAGUUUCUUUGUACAAAUGCUUAGAGAAGGUUUCCGACCUGACCAUGCGACAAUUGUUGGUUUGGCACCUGCUUGUGGUCGCUGUGAACUAAUUCUUCAAGGAAGAUCACUUCAUGGGUUUGGAAUUAAAGCUGGCCUUGGUUUUGAUUGUCAAUUGAAGAAUGCCCUUUCCUCAAUGUAUGCUAAAUGCGAGAAUUUGGAAGCAUCAGAACUUUUAUUUGAAGAAAUGUCUGAGAGAAGUCUUGUGUCUUGGAACUCUAUGAUUGGUGCCUAUGGCCAAAAUGGAUUCUCGGAAAAGGCGAUGAUUUGCUUCAAAGAGAUGCUAAGUGAGGGUGUGCAACCCGGUCCAGUGACAAUGAUGAACCUUCUGUCAGCGAAUGCUGCUCCAGAGUCUAUUCAUUGUUACAUCAUUAAAUGUGGAAUGACCAAUCAUGCUUCUGUCAUUACUUCGCUAGUUUGCUUAUAUGCAGGGCAAGGGCUCACGCAUAUGGCAGAACUUCUUUACAAACAUUUGCCAACGAACAGCCUGAUUUCCUUAACUGCAAUCAUGUCUAGCUAUGCUGAGAUAGGUGAUAUAAAUUCAGUAGUUGGGUAUUUUAUCCAAACUCAGCAAUUGGACAUGAAACUGGAUGCAGUUGCAUUGCUUAGUGUCCUUCAUGGCAUUAUAGAUCCGCCCCAUUUCGCUGUUGGACGUGCUUUCCAUGCUUAUGGAUUAAAGACUGGGCUGACUACCGAUGGUUUAGUCACUAAUGGGCUAAUAAGCCUGUAUUCAAAAUUUGAUGAGAUAGAAGCUGUUUACUGUUUGUUUCUUGAGAUGAGCUAUAAAUCUUUGAUCACUUGGAAUUCUGUGAUAUCUGGCUGUGUGCAUGCUGGAAAAUCAAGUGAUGCCAUGGACUUCUUCUGUCAAAUGAAGAAGUCUGGACAAAAACCUGAUGCCAUAACUAUUUCUAGUUUACUAUGCGGGUGUAGCCAGCUUGGGUACCUGAGAACUGGGGAGACGCUGCAUAACCAUGUCAUAAGGAACAAUGCGGAAAUGGAAGAUUUCACAGGAACUGCUCUAAUAGACAUGUAUACCAAGUGUGGAAGGUUGGAUUAUGCUGAAAAGGUGUUCAAUAGCAUCGUUGAUCCAUGUUUGGCAACAUGGAACUCAAUUAUCUCAGGUUAUAGUUUAUACGGAGUUGAAUAUAAAGCCUUCACCGCUUAUGAUGAGCUGCAAAAACAAGGGCUAAAACCUGAUAAAAUAACCUUUUUGGGAGUUUUAGCAGCAUGCGCCCAUGGGGGACUUGUCUGUGAAGGAACAGAGUACUUUCGGGCCAUGAUAGAAGAGCAUGGCUUGAUGCCAGAUUUGCAACAUUAUGCUUGCGUGGUUGGUCUAUUAAGUCGACCGGGAUUGUUUCACGAAGCAAUGGAAUUUAUUAACAAUAUGAAGAUCCAACCUGACUCUGCUGUGUGGAUAUCAUUGUUAAGUGCUUGUAGUAUCCACCAAGAAAUCAAACUUGGGGAAUGCUUGGCGAAUAAAUUGUUUUUCAUGGAUCAAAGAAAUGGUGGGUUUUACGUGUUAAUGUCAAAUCUUUAUGCAACUGUAGGAAGGUGGGAUGACGUGGCAAGGGUGAGGGAUAUGAUGAGAGACAGUGGAGGAGGCGGAUGCUCUGGAGUGAGUGUUAUCGAAGUAACAUCCAUUGAGGACUUGAACAACAACCUGGGAAUGAAUGAAGUCUAUUUGAAUACAAAUACUCUGCAGCCCUUUUGUCUAUAA